AUGGAAUCAAAGCGCCCAUUGCCCUUCCUAGAAUCAUUUGGGAUAGUCUGCAAUCUACUUCCAUUUUACUGCGAGACAGUAGACCAUUGAUAUUUCCUUCUAGGCAUGUUUAAUAAGGCUUCUAGAACUCCUUGGAAAGAUUAUGAGUCAGAACUAUCCAACGAACUCCUAGCCGACAGAAAAAAAGUCCUAGAAUACGUUUUCACAACCGAAGAGAAUCUCCACUCAACCCCCUCUGAACUCCUCCUAAACCUCCUCCAAACCCACCCAAUCCUCCUCAAACUCUUCAAACUCCCCUCUCUCAAAUUCACGCAAAAAUCUCACCUAGAAUCCUUCCUAUCCCUAAUCCAGCCACUCCCUCCAAAAUCCGUCCAAUUUUCCUCAGUCACCUUCCAAACCCAGCCCCUAAAGUCCCUCUACACCUCCCUCCAACCCCACUACCUCCACCCGAACCUCCAAAUUCUCUACUUAGAUUCCCCAUUUCCCCAAAAUUUCACUCCAUCAGACUCCCUUCUUCUAGUAUUCUCAACUAGCAGAUUUGUAAACCUGACUUGGCUGGAACAACUGGGGAGAUUUGACUUGGAUGUAGUGAAGACUGUUGUUAUUAAGACAGGGAAUUUGGAGCUGGCGAUUGUGGAUCAGGACAUGAAGGGGAGGUUUGAGAUGUAUGGGGUGGUGGGUUUGAUGAAUUCUUGAAGGAAUUUGGAGAGAAUUAGAGUGGUGAUAGCACAAGAUGGUCGACAAAGAAAUAUGGAUGGAAUUAGAUGGCAUUUGAUUUCGAAUUUGGUAUAUUUUUGAAGUGAAAAAGGGAAAUUAAGUUUGGAAAUAGACAGUGGUGAAGAUUGUAAAGAAGCUACCAAAAUAACGCUCCAAAACUGCUUACUGAAGGUAAACUCGCCAACCACAGUCCUCUCUCCAGCCUCGCCCUCUACCUAUUCCUCAACCACACCUGAGCUCUGCUGCUGCAGCUCAGCCUGAAUCAUCACGACCAAAUAUGUUCUUAACACAGAUGCCUCCGAAGCCUGGUGCCCUGUUUAUUCUACAAAAACUAUGAAAGGAGGCAGGAUUCUUAAGAUCAAGUUGGAGUUUAGGCAUGGUAACCCACAUCUCACAUCCUCCUUCCCCACAUCCCUUCCUGACCAAGAAAUCUACAUGCACAUUCUCAAAAAUUCCAUCACAUCCCUAAACCCUUCAAAACCCCUCACCCAAGACCUAGCUCAGCAGUACCCAUCCUGUAGGCCGACCUACUCCUUUGAAGAAGCCCUCAGCUGGAACUCACUGGGAACAACCCAGUUUGGCCUCAGAUCAAACGGGAAAAUUACUGCAGAGAAAAUAGGGAUUUUAAAAGAUAUGUUAUUGGAGGGAGGGCCUGAAGAAGUGAAGGAGGGGAAAGAAGCAGGAAUGGAGGGGAAUAGGGGUUGACUAGUGGAAAUUGAUUUUGGAAAUUUGGAGAGUGGGGAGAGUCUUGGGAGGGAGUUUGAGGGAUUGGUGGGUUUGAAGAGUUGUUUGUUGGAAAAAGUUAGUCUAGGGUUGUCGGAUAGUGAAGGGAUGCUUGAGAUUAUUGAAAUUUUGUAUCCUCUUAAGACUCUCAGAUCUUUGACUAUUACUCUUCAUAAUAAGCCUUAUGCUCCAAAAAUUUCUAAAAACGUUCAAAAAGCCAUCAAAUCCCUCAGAACCCAAUAUGUAACCAAAAGACUGCAAAUAAUCUGCUCCUCAGAGAGCCUCCAAAACUCCUACCUCCCCUCAUGCGUCAUCUUCUAGGCUAUAAUACCUCAAAUUCCACUUAAAACACCAUAAAA